CCCACGAGAAGUUGAGAAGUUGAAGCCGGUAAUGGAGGUGGAUGGUCGUUGUGACGAUAUCAGAUAGAUAAAUAGUACGGAACGUGCCGGGGCGGCGGCGGCGGCGCCAAGAGCUGAGAUGGAAGUCACGAAAAUGGCUUCUGGAAGAAUCGGAGUAUUUAAGGAGGGUGGAAGCUCGCAGCUCUCAGAGAGGCAAGAUAUCCCUCCUCGUUCUCCUCUUAUCCGGAGGCAGUGGCAGCAGUAGCAGCAAAGGAAGGAAGAUGGACUUCUUUUCGGCAGUUUUUCUUCCGGCUGCGCUGCUAUUGUUCGUGGCUCUCAAUCUCGCAGCUGCGCAACAAUGGAGCAACGCUCAUGCUACAUUCUACGGGGGCAGCGAUGCCUCGGGAACAAUGGGUGGUGCUUGCGGCUAUGGAAACGUGCUUAGUGCUGGCUAUGGAGUCAACACCGCGGCGUUGAGCACCGCCUUGUUCAAUGGGGGAGCUACCUGCGGAGCUUGCUUCCAGAUGCAGUGCGUCAACUCGAGAUGGUGUCGUCCCGGAAAGUCGGUCACCGUCACCGCCACGAACUUUUGCCCCCCGAACAACGCCCUCCCAAGCGACAAUGGGGGCUGGUGCAACACACCCAGGGAGCACUUCGAUCUCUCCCAGCCAGUCUGGGAGCAAAUGGCCAUUUACCAAGGAGGGAUCGUCCCAGUUCAGUACAGAAGGGUCAAGUGCUACAAGCAAGGUGGGAUCAUCUUCACCAUGAACGGCAACCCAAACUUCAACUUGGUUCUCAUAAAAAACGUUGCCGGAUGGGGGGAUUUGAGAGCCGUGUCGAUCAAAGGCUCCAACACCGGCUGGCUCCCAAUGAAGAGGAACUGGGGAUCGAAUUGGGAAUACCAUGGAGUUCUAGUCGGCCAGUCCCUCUCCUUUCUGCUCACACCCAGCAUGGGAGGAUCUCUCAUCUCGUACGAUGUUUUUCCUCGCAACUGGCAGUUUGGACAGUCCUACUCGGGCCGGCAAUUCAGCUAAAGCGAAGAGCCUUGCAGAACAAACGAAGAAUAAGCGAGGACUUUUCUUAGUUGUGGGAGCGCUGCUCGAACUUUUCUCACGCGGAAAGAGUCUUCCAAACUCUCAGCUUUGCUGCGGUGCUUCAGGGGUACCCGCCACUGAGACUCCAUGUUGAUAGCAGUUGGAUUUGAUAAAAAAAAAAAAAACAAUGGCCAUCACAGCAAGAUUAUAGACAAA